UGUCCGACGACCUUGGUGUCCGUGGGAAGCUCCGUCGGAAUUCGGAGUGUUUUCUUGUAGUGUUCAGUCAUGUAUGUUUUACUUUUACUUCGCAUAGUACAUCUAUUUCAUGAGUUUGUAAGAAAUAUUCUAUUGGGUUAUUUUGGUAAAAACUAAAUAUUCAGAUUUGCUUUUACCUUACUUUUUUUGUUAAAUGCUUUUAUAUAUUCACAUUUUAGUAUCAAAAAUAUAUUUUUGUUUUGGUGUAAAUAGUAUCAAAAAUAUUUUUAUCAUGUAUACAUAUAUAUAUAUAUAUAUUUAUUUAGGUGAGUAACAUUCAAAUAAACAUUUGCAACCUUAAAGGAAUGAUAAUGAGCUCAUUGUAUUUUUGUUUGGUUUACGUUUCUUUGGUUUAUUCUCAACUAGCUAGAAUAAAACAAAAGCACACAACAACUUAAAUGUCUCCAAUAUUUUUGAGACAAGUUAAAAUAUAUUUACUAUCAAGGAAACAUAUAAACAAAGUAAAUAUUCACAGCGUAUGGUUGGUUUGGACAAUUACGUAGUGAAAAACAUACUUUUGAGCUUUUGAUAAUAUUUGCCCCCUCCACUUGAGGACUAUAUACUAACCCCCCAUCUUUGUCUCUCUUCUAAAAAAUCAAAGCUCAUAAGCAGAAACCUUCAAACUCUUCCAGUUUUUUUGUUCUUUAAAAGUUUGUAUAUUGUAUCGGACUCACUAAGGGAAGAAACGAAUCAAUGGCACCAGAGGAUAAUAGCUCGUGCGAGCCUUGCAAGACUUUUGGACAGAAGUGCAGUCAUGUCUUGAAGAAACAAAGAGCCAAGUUUUAUAUUCUUCGCCGUUGUAUCGCCUUGUUAGUCUGCUGGCGUGACAACAACCACGACUGCAAGGACUUUUGAUUGUUUUCUCUGGGAUAACUUCUUUUGCUUUUCUAAUAGCGUUUUAGUGUCUUUUCUGUCCGCUCAAGACAUAUUUAGUAGCUUUUACUAGUGUACUCAUCCGAGUGUAAACUUGGCAUAAUGCAUGCUAGACCUUUUUUUGUUAUAUUGGUUCUCAUAUACCUUUUCGUAAAAAUAUAUACAUAACGUGCAUACGUUUUAUCAAUGUAUGGAUUUUAUAAAUAUGGUUACACAACUAGUGUUAAGAAAAGUUGUAUAUGAUGAACAGAUCUAUAGCUUUUAAUAUUUGCAAUAUAUAAAUUAACUGGAACUGUUGUACUUGUAUGUAUUGGCAACGGUUGGUCUUGAAUGAGAAUGUUUAACAAAAAAUAAGCAAUUUGCCAUCUUAAAUUAAAGAGAAUAAUUAGACAAAAACCGAUGUAACUUUCUGCCAAAAAAGAAAAAGAAUCAGCUCUUCGGCCUGAAGCCCUAAGGUGUUGGAAAUAGAUGUUAAACGUGGAACAAUAAUUCUGGCCUUUGUUUUUUCUUUGUUAAUUUAAUGUUCAGGAUUAAAUAAAUGUUUUCUAUGUUAAAUCACUGAAUAAGAAUGAAAGUAGACGCUGCCAUAUAUUCUACUAAAGAUAGAAAACUCUCUGCUUCAGAAUAAAAUAUAACACAUCAAAGUCAUCACUAGAUUCGGAGCAUGCAUGCACAUGAGACUCGGUCUCUUCUGCGAGUGAGUUAUUAUUAUUGGUGAAACCCUUUUUGGGUUUCUUAAUU